AGGCUGCUGAGGCCUGAGCCCCUCAGCGGCCGGGCCGGGCCCCGUGCCGGGGGAGCUCCCCGGGCCCGCAGCCCGCUCCCGGCGGCCGGUGCCCCGGCGGUGACGUCAGGCCGCUCGCCGUGACGCCUGCGCUCAGCGCGGAGCGGAACCGGCCUGCCCGGGCAGGGAACGGCGCUCCGUGAGGGAAGCGAGCCGGCGGCCGGGAGUUUAUGGAUUAUUUUGAAGAUGGGCAAGGUGUGUGCUGUGUUUGGAGGAUCCCGUGGGAUAGGCAGAGCUGUGGCAGAGCUCCUGGCGCAGAAGGGCUGCCGCCUGGCCAUCCUUGCUAGGAACCUGGACAUGGCCCAGAGCACUGCCCGGCACCUUGGUGGACAUCUGGCACUUAGCUGUGAUGUAUCCCGUGAACAAGAAGUCCAAAAGGCUUUUGAGGAGAUGCAGAGGAAUUUGGGUCCUAUUAACUACCUGGUUAAUGCGGCUGGGAUCAACAGGGAUGGUUUGCUACUGAGGACCAAGACUGAAGAUAUGAUAGCUCAGAUUCACACUAACCUUUUGGGAACAAUGUUGACAUGCAAGGCUGCUCUAAAGGUCAUGAUUCAGCAGCAGGGAGGUGCUAUUGUCAAUAUAGGGAGUAUUGUUGGACUUAAAGGCAACUCUGGUCAAAGUGUGUAUAGUGCUACCAAAGCAGGAUUAGUUGGAUUUUCACGCUCUCUUGCUAAAGAAGUAGCAAAAAAGCAAAUUCGGGUCAACGUUGUUGCUCCAGGCUUUAUUCACACAGAGAUGACAGCUCAUUUGGAAGAAGAUCAGUUGAAGAAAGCAAUUCUCCUUGGAAGAUUUGGAGAGCCUCAUGAAGUUGCACAAGCUGUUGUCUUUCUUUUAGAAUCCUCAUAUAUUACAGGGAGUGUUCUGGUUGUAGAUGGAGGCUUGCAACUUAUGACCUAAGUACUGCCUUGAAUAAAUGACUGCUUCAAUGUCAUGAUGGUGAUAUAUAAAUAUAUUCUGAAUAAAGGGAGAGGGUUGGAAAUCGUUGGAAGAUUGAUGUACAUAAUUGACUUGGUCUUUUUUAGUCAGAGGAGAACUUCAGCAGCAGUGAGGCGUAAUGUGUGUGUUUAGCUGCCCGAAAGAGUCUGUUUGAUGUUACAAAGUCUGUGUAUGAAACAAUUUGAAAAAGAUCUGGUUUUGAUACAGUGAUAGCUUCAAUAAUGUGCCGAUACGUUUUUAAAGCACUGUAUUUUUUAUAAAGUCCUGUUUGCUAAUUUGAGAUAGAAUGAGAUUUUAUUUGAAUUAACAUGUUACACAAAGGUUAAUAAAGUGCAGAGACAUGUUUA